AAUUAACAGUUGUUAAACGUUCGUGUUCACGAGAGGAUGUCAGGCACGGAUAAAAAUUUCGUGUAACGUUUCGUACGAAAAAUAAAUAAAACAUGUGAAGAUAUUCUUUGAAAUCAGACAAACGAAUUCGUAAUGAAAACAAACGAAAUUGUCGUGGGUACAAAAAAAGAAGAAGACACAGUCAAUAAAGUGUAGUGCAACAGAAAAAAAUCGAAUUAAAUAGUAAAACAAUAAAUCAAAAAUUGUCAAAAGAAAACAACAAAUUUUAAAGUUUUACGAACUUUUGUAAACUAUUUAUUAUUCGUACGUCAAGUGAUGCAGUGUACGGUUCGUGUUUCGGACUCUUUACGUUUGCAUGGGAAUGCUUCUAUUGGAAUUCCCCCGGAAGGAGUAGGAGAAGGUGUGUCACUGUGAAAACAGCCAUAUGACACCUCAAAAUUAACAAUUAACGUUCAAUUAAAAUUGUCUCUGUGGCCCAGACUUGAGACAGACGACUCAACGUCGUUUGCAAAACAAAAACAAAACUUAUUCGAUUCGCCACAAGAGUACGAGUGACAAGUGUGUGCCUGCCGGUCGUGUGUAUUUGCGUGUGUUGGUGUGUAUUUGUGUUGGACUGUAGGAAUUCCUUCUGUCGUCUGUCGCAGAGUAACAGGGAAAAACACACCCUCAUGGUGUUGCAUGAAAAUCUUAUCUUAAUGAAAAACGGCAAGAAGCUAUUGGAUACAACAGAACUACAUGUUUUCCAUAAAUAAUUAAAGAUUACAAGUGGUGUCAAACAAUUUCUUGAGAACCUGUAAAAAAAGAGAAUUCCUGGAAAUAAUCCUGGACACAAAAAGGACAAUUACUAAAAAAAAACGGAAGUUAAACUGUGAAACGUGCAAGAGAUCAGCUUGUGUAGUUGUGUGUGUGUGAAAAGUGUUUGCCAACAACAGUGAUAGCAUGGAAAAUCCAUUGUAAACUCACCCUGCUCCCCUUUGUGGUGCGAAUGCCAUGGCAAUAGGAAAAUAUCUUUACGCCAAUCCAUCAUUGAUUGCCAAUAUUAUGGCCAAUAACAGGCAAUAACGUUAAUGUGAUUUGUUAUGCCUUUUUAGACAAACAAAGCAAACGGCUUUUAACACCUCCGCCCCCAUAAAAAGCGAAAAACAACCAGUUUAACCAAAAGUGAUUGACAAAUACAAAUUCCAAUACCAAGUGACAGUGUCCUUUUGUGCUGAGAGUGUUCUUUUCGUUGUUGUUGUUUUGGCUUUGGUUAUUUUUUUUGGCGUGACAUCAAACCAAUUUCCAUCAAUCAAAAUCGUUUGUUCAAUUUUCCAUGAAAACAUAAAAAUUUGCCAUUUCAUUGGAAACAACAAAUCAAAGCAAAUAAUUGUUAAUAAUUCAUCACACAAUUCAAUAAAAUAAAAAGAGGAGGAAAGAAAGAAAGAGCGAAAAAAUUCUCGCAAAAACAGCAUCACUAAUACAAAUACAAAAACCGAGAUAGCCGUGUGAUCGAUCCAUCAUUGUGUUGUUAUAUUAUCGUGUCAACUGUUUCUUUGGAAGGAUAAUAGGGAUUUGAACAAAGCAAGGAUAUCAUCAACAUUAACUCAACAAACGGUGAUUGAAUGGUCAUUGUCGCCAUCAGCAUUUCGACAUUGUUUCAAGGAUUAUUAAAAAAGAGCAUUUAAGAAAAUAUUUGAAGCUCAUGUGUUGAUUUACACACACACGCACACACAGAAUGUGUAAUUCUCCCAUCUGUAUUUGCCUCGCAACAACUACCAACGAAAAGCAUUUAAUUAGUUGUUAACUAUUCUCAAAAGGUUUCACUACCUUUUGUCGCACUCGUCGUUGUUGCUGCUGCUGCUGCUUUUGCUGUAACCGCAAAAUCGUUCGACAAACGACAUUUCACCAUUAAAGGAAAACGACAACCGAACAGCAUCAACGCCAACCACAAUGAAACAUUUACACCGAAUUACACAUGUAAGAUGGCGUUUGACAUCAUCGUCUUCGUCUUCGUCGUCGUCGUGCCGAUCAACAAAUACCUUAUCCUCCCUGUUUAGUAUACCUUGGCUACACUUAAGCUCAUUACUUCUAAUCCUGCUUAGCUAUCACCAACACACUCAGGCGUUCUGUCCCUCCAAAUGCCAGUGUCUGGGUGGCGAUGCCAACAGCAAGGCCUUCUGUGUGAAUGCCGCCCUCGAAGAUGUGCCAAUCCAAUUGAAUCCGGAGACCAAAUACAUAAAUUUGACCCUGAACAAAAUACGCAACAUCCAGUUCACGCUGCCGUUCUAUAUGAAAUUGGAGAUAUUGGAUUUGUCGCGCAACAUUAUCGAAACACUGGGUUCGAAAAAUUUCGAAUACCAAACGGAAAUGCGUACCCUAAAUCUGAGUCAUAAUUCGGUGAGUUCCCUGCAAAAGGAUGCCUUCAAGGGCCUGAGUAAUUUGUUGGUAUUGGAUUUGAGCUACAAUCGCAUCGACAUUGUUGAUCACACGGCCAUGAAUAACCUGACCUCGUUGGUGGAACUGGAUCUGACGAACAAUAAUAUUAUGAGUCUGGAGGAUAAUACCUUUCGUAAUUUGAUGUCCUUGGAUAUAUUGAUAUUUAAGAAUAACCAGUUGCUGGAUGUGCCAGCCAAUAAUCUGAGACAUUUGCAAUCGUUAAAGUCUUUAGAUUUAUCGGAUAAUUUGGUGGAAUACAUACGCAACGAUAGCUUUGAGGGACUGCGAGAGCUGGUGACGCUGACGGUGAGGGGCAAUGUAAUCAGUGAAUUGGAUUUGAGUGCAUUCGAAGGUCUGAUAACGCUGAAGCAUAUGGAUAUAGCCAACAACAAUUUAACGAUGGUGCCCACCCAACAACUUUCGAAACUCUCCAAUUUAACACACCUCACUUUGAGCGGAAAUCGUUUCACCCAUCUACCGGCUGUGGCUUUCCUAAAUUUGUUUCAUUUACGUGAAUUGCAUUUGAAUCGUUUGGAUUUUCUGCAACGCAUUGAUUCGAGAGCCUUUGUGGACAACACGCAUUUGCAAAUUCUCCAUUUGAACAACAAUCCACUGCUCAGCGAUUUACCCAUGCGCCUGUUCCAGGGCAAUCCCAACAUAGUUGAGGUCUACAUGCAAGCGAACAGUCUACAGACCCUUUAUGCCGCUCAAUUCCCCAUCGAUCAACUGGAAAAACUUUAUCUGGGCGAUAAUCCGUUGCAAUGUAACUGUACCCUCUUUUGGCUGUGGCGUUUGGUAACCGGAAACUUUGAGAAUGGCAUUCAAGGUCAAGACAUGAAACCGGGCAAUAUGAUGGGACAUCAUGAUGCCGGUUCGGUGGCAGCUUUAGGUGCGGAACCCAAUGCCGAAGGGGAUGAUGAUAACUUAAUACGGGUAGCAGCCUAUGUGGCUGAGCGAAAAAAAGAUGUUACGGCCAAAUUCCAGAAUACAAACCCAUCGGUGGCCUCAAGCAGUGGUUAUCUGAAAUUGGAUGCAGAGCGAAUUGGCUGUGAAGUGUGGCAUGACAACAAGCGGACACGCAAGCAUUUGGCCGCCAUGACGGAGAGUGAAAUCACCUGCCCGGCCCAUGUGGUGACAAUUGUUUGCGCUGUGCUGACCUGCCUGCUGGUGGUGAUGACAGGGGCCAGCAUCAUUUUCUAUAUGCGCUUUGUCAAACGACGCCGAAAGCUUAUGCAUGAUCGAUCUCUGCGUUCAGGCAAAUCCAUUGUCAAUGUUCACGAUCGCAUCCUGCCUCAUCAGCCGCUCAGUGCAGCCUCGAAUGGCGGCAUUGCUGGAACCCUAAUGAACGGCGGCUAUCCACAUCACACAAUGCAGCCCCAAAGGACAACGCUCAGCCACAAUAUGCAUCCCAUGCAUCAUCAGGACUAUCACCAGACCUUGCCGCAGGUUGACAAACUGGAGUUGGAGCGUUACUUGACCGCCCAGGCAAUAGCCAAUGAAUACCGGGCCCUGAAACCCUGGGAAUUGCCACCAGUCAAGGACUCCAAUACCUAUACCGAUGAGCCGGAACAUUUGUACGAGAAAUUCGAUCAUUAUGACUAUCCGGAUGCCCACUCCAUGUCCAAGUCCUCAAAUGGUAAAUUAAUGAUGGGCUCAACUACACUCUCCUCCAGCGGUGGUGGGGUUGGUGUUGGUGGCGGCAUUGGUAUACAUGGCUAUGGCGGUGGAGGCACCGGCACCAUGAGCAGCAGCGGCAUGAGUAGCAUGGGUGUAGGUAGUACAAGUAGUGUUGGGGGCGGUGUUGGUGGUGGUACUCUUAACAGCAAACCCCAUAUAGUUUAUGUAUGAUACAAUGGUAGAGAGAGGAUGAUAAUCGAUAACGAGCGAUCUUGUGCAUCAUCUAGUGAUACUGUGGCAUUAAGCAAUUGUUUAAAUAAUAAUUAUGAUAAUACUAUGUGUAGUUAUAUUAAAUUAGUUUAAACUCAUCGUACACUUGUAAUGGAAAACAAAGGAAAACAAAAGAAAAACAAAGAGGAAAAACUCAACUAAUUUAAAUUGGGAAAGCCCAAAACCGAAAAACAAGCAAACAAAUGAAGGAGGAUCAAAAGAAAUGUUCAAAACAACAAAGCCCAUUAAAACGGCAGAACUAAACGUAAAAGAAAGUUAGCUGAACAUUAAAAACAAAAAAAGUAAAAAUAAAAAAUAACAAUAAUUUAAAACAAAACAAAAUUAAAAACUUGGCAAAACAGGGAACUAAUUUAGCAUGACAAGUGGUAGGAUUUUUUUGGUUUGGUAAAUGAAAAAAGAGGAAAUUUUGGUGGGGAAAACAAAGGGAAACAAAGAGGAAAUUUCGAUGUUAAAUUUGUAAUUUUCGAUUAUAAGAGUAUAUUAACUCUCACCCUGUAUACUCUUGAUAAGAUAAUGGGAAUUCUAAUGACUAUUUUUGUUGGGCGCCAUUCAAAUUCAGUUCUAGAUAAAUAGGCCUGACGUACUUAACAGCCAAAUUCAAGAUCAAACCCUUAACUUUAAGUAUUGACAUCUCACACUCUCUCUUUCUCUCUCUCCCUCUGCCUCUCUCUGCGCACUGGGCAUGGUUGAAAUGUACAUCAUAUCUUUUAUGAAAAAUUAAUUUUUUUGCAUAGAAAUUAGACAUAUUUUUGGACAAAACUGUAAAAUUUCGGCCUUAAAAAUUCUUGGCUUUGAUUUGGAACUUUCCAUUGAUUUCACACAUGGAGAGUGAAUUUAGAGUCUUCAAAUGACAAUUUACUUUACCUAGAUACGCAAGUUUAAAUCUUCAAUUGUGUUAUUUUUUAAUUUCUCCUCUUUUGCCUUUGAUUUUCCUCUUUGGUAGCCAAAAAAAGAAACAACAACCACAACAAAAUGUUGGAAUACCACAAAAAAUGCAUGCAUUAUGCAUUCAUAGCGCAAAGUACUAUACAAGAAAAUAUUAGCAAAACAAAAACCCAAAAAAAAACUAUAUAUAAAAGUGAAAACAACAAAUGGAUAACAUAACAUGCAAAAUGAAACAAGGGAUUAUAUAAAAUUUAAUUAAAAAAUAUUUAUUAAAAAUACACACUCACACACAUACACAAGCAGCGUAUUUUUGUUCAAUUUUUUCCAUAUGACAACAAAACCAGAAAAAAAUGAAAAAAAAAACUACAGAUUAUUUAUAGAAAACCAAUCAAAUACUUAGAAUUCGUAACACCAUAAAUUAUAAAUUUAAAUUGAAACUAAGGUAAAACAUGCUACAAAUGAAUACGAAAUAAGCCAACUAAAACCCCAGAUAUUUUCGGUUUUUCGGUAUAGACUUGUUGGGCAGAAAGAAAGAACUCUGUAUUAAAGUGUUAACAUUUUCAUUUUUCGAAUGGUUUUUUGUUGGUCAACCAAAAACAAAAAAAAAGAGAAAAUAGAAAAGAAAAUGAAACACAACCAUCUGUAGACAGAAGGUCAUAUACCAAAACCAACAAUUUGUACAUAGUAACUAUAACAACUGAAAAAAAUUAAAAUUAAAAAAGCAUGGAAACAAGGAAAAGCAAAUCAAAAUUUAAUUAAGGGUCUGAUUCAAAAUAGCGAUUUAAAAAUUUGGCAAUGGAAGUCAUUUAAGUUGUUUUU